UAAAGUGCCUCAGUCCGUGCUGGAUCGCGUUAGUCGAAAGAUCGGAUUCUGAACGGUCGUGAAAGUCAAUUUCGAGCUGAGGGAAAAAGUUCGUUCUGUAGAGACUGGACAUUAGUUUAUAAAAAAGUGAACAAGUUUUGUGCACAAGUUCAGUGAGGCGAACGGUAGAAGCAUCGAAAUGAUUAGGCUUGGAGUGGUAGUUUUGCUGGUUGUCGGCACGUGCGUUGCAGAUUUGGCUUGGGAUGAUACCACCGGAUUACACGUUAACAGAAAUUUGGACAAUAUUAAGGGAACGCAUUUCUCUACCCAUGAAGCAUCGGUGAUGGCGGCGCGAAAGGGAGCUGCUGAACGUUUGACACGGCUUGGCUCUGGCGUUGGAACAAAUCCAUGCAGCACUGCAAUCUGCUAUAGUAAUUCUGGAUUUUCAGAUAAUAGUGACGCUGAAACGCUUGGUCACGGAAUCGUUGGUUUCACCAAUGCUGGUUCGGCCGGUUCCAGCUCCAGCAGUUCCAAGUAUCAAGCUAGCUCCCAUCAACAAUCCGUUGCCGGUGUAGUUCCCGUUUAUCCAGUUCACAGUAGUUCGAAAUCUAGCUACUCCAGUGAAUCUCAGCGCCGGAGCUUAUCCAGUGUCAAUGCCGCCCAGACCGGAAACUAUAUCGGUGCAGAGGAAGGUAUCAAAACACGAUCAAACUUCGGGGCAUCCAAUGGAGCAGCCGUUGUACAGCCGAUUGCUGCCUCAGCAUAUCCUAUUGGGCAAGAAGCUUCUCAAAGUAGCUUUGUCAGUGGUAGCCGAAGCUCAAACCAAGGUGUAUACACAGUUCCAGUCUACGGCUCGUCUACUGAUCAGGCUUCCAAGUAUGUUGCUGCCUCCGCCAGUAGACAGGAGAAUCAACAACGUUACACGCCAUCCAAUACCUACGUAGUCUACAGACAACCCGUCCCAGUUUACGGUCCGUUCAGCACCGGAGGUCUCGACACUUCUGCCCGUUUCUCGAACAACCAGGGUUCUGUCUAUCAAGCUCCCGUAGUCUAUCCUGCGCGCACCUCGUCCAAUCAGUAUUCCGCUGCCAAGGAUCAACAAACGUACGUCAUCCAUGGCGUUCAACCAGUAUACGGUGUUUCCUCGGAUCUCUCUGCGCACUCCAAUCAACACUCCCAGGCUCAAUUCGUUCGACCCACUUAUCAGCCAAUUUACAACAAUCACUUGGCAUCUUCCCAGCAAUCCCAGGAAGCCCACAGUCAAGCGUCCGAGACAGGAACCAAUCUUAGAUUCUCUACUGUUCCCCUAGUGACAUCGUCCUCUAAUCACGAGGAAGCAGAGGAACAUAAUGAAGAAUACAGUAGGAAGGGUAGCAGCAGCUACCUUCCAGUAGCCUUGAACACCGCCUCAACAGCUUCCAAAUACACCUCGCAGGAACAGCAGCGUGCCCAGUCGGGAGCAUCCUACGUGCCGAUCCCUGUGGCAGCCACAUCGGAGUCACAAAGACAACGAGAAAGCAGCGCAUCUUCCUCGCAAUACUCUGCUUCGCAACAACACCGCUCGAAUGCCGGUGGAUGGUAUUAUCCUGCUGCAGGAUCGAUUGCUGCUACUGCAAACCAGGGAUCUCGCUACUCGGCUUACGAUUCGCAAAGUGCCCUAAAUCAACAGAGAGUUGGCGGGUAUGUCCCCAUUACGAAUGACGCCUUGGGUCAGCGAUUUGGUGCCGUGGGCAUGGAAUUUGGCGGCAGUGGUACUGAGUUGAGCUCGAUCAUGAGCGAAUCGGAACGUUUGGCUCGACUGCAGGCCAAGAACGCUUACAACGGAGCGGUCAGUGGCAGUUCGGCAAUUGAUUUGGAGAAUCGGUUCGCUGCAAACAAUGACGACACGAGCAGUGACAUCGGUGGAGGUCUUGGUGGUGGAUUCAAGCGAACAAAAUCUUGGUCCAGCAGUUCCAAGUGGGCAUCGGGACAGAAGUAUGGAGACGAUGGUAAAGUCAAAACGUACAGCUCGUUGUCGACAGCGGAAAGCGAACAGCACAAUAUCAACGGGCAGAAGACCGGGUACAAAGCGGCCACCACCACGCUGGAAGAUGAUGGAAAAGUUAGCACCUACAGUUUGCACACGCCGUAAGGAAUGAACAAGUUUUUGCUAGUUUUAGUAAUUUUCUGUUAAGAGCCGUUGACUGAAAUACAUAUUUUCAAGCUGGUCUUUGAAACAUUCUGUGUAGGAAUGUUACGACACCAGUUUGGCGUUUUUUCAUUUAA